AUGGACUUUUCAAAACGGUGGAACGAGCAUCUUCGACGAGCGUCGCGGAAGAAAACUGACAUCCAGUGUCCUCUGUGUGGUUGCGGGAUUCCCACGCCCGAAACUGCUCACAAUGGUAGCAGCAGUGAAGCUGCCUUCCCGGUCUUUGAGAAACACUGGCAAGACUCGCAUGCUCAGGUUCUUAAUGAAAAAGGAACCGAGGCGGAAAAAACGGCGGAAAUUCGGCUUCAGUGGGAGGCUGCGCUGGAGGCUAAGCCUGGCAAUUCCGGCCCCGAUGCCAUUGGAAGGCUCCCAACGGCUGGCAUCGGUGAGGGUGUUCAGCCGUCCCCUCCCCGCCGAAGGAACCCCGUCGGGCCGGUCUCUUCGGCGGCAGCUCUCGAGAAUCGGAAGAGCAAGGGCAAGAGUAAAAGCCCCACCCCCAGCUUCAAGAGGGACGGCUCCAGGUCUCGCUCUGUGUCACCACCCAAGCGGUCUAAAGCAAGGAGCCCAGAGGACACCCAGGAGUUCGCCAGAGGGUCCUAUCAGAAGGGACGGCUGUGGGACCCGGAAGACGACACUGCUGUCCCUCGUCCCCGCGCUUUCAAGUCCAAGGUCGCCACCUACCCCCAGCGCCAACGUCCGCCAUCGGGCUCGCUCUCCAAGUCACAUCGCCAAAUGUCCUUUGCCUCAGCCCGGUCCCCCGCCCAUCUCUCAGCUUUGCCGCAUGCGGACAACGACUCAACAGAGAUCCUCAAGCAACCAGAAACCCGCCCCAUCUCGCAGGAGCAGUUGGUGGCUGAAGUCAAGGGCAUCUACGCCGGGCUGGUCAUGGUUGAGAGCAAAUGCAUCGAAGUCGACAACAACCAGAGCUCGCAAACGGACCCCGCCAACAAGCUCAACAACGAUCAGUGGCAGGCCCUCAUUGCGCUUCACCGCACCCUCCUUCACGAGCACCACGACUUCUUCUUGGCCUCCCAGCAUCCCUCAGCAAGCCCGGCAUUGAGGAGAUUGGCUGCCAAAUACGCUAUGCCGGCCCGCAUGUGGCGACACGGCAUCCACAGUUUCCUGGAGCUCCUGAGACAUCGCCUACCGGCCAGCCUGGAUCACAUGCUCACCUUCAUCUAUAUGGCAUACUCCAUGAUGGCACUGCUCUAUGAGACGGUGCCUGCUUUUGAGGACACAUGGAUUGAGUGCUUGGGUGAUCUAGGGCGGUACCGAAUGGCAAUCGAAGACGACGAUAUCCGCGACCGAGAAGUCUGGACCGCCGUCAGCCGCCAUUGGUAUUCUCUAGCAUCUGACAAGUCUCCGACUACAGGCAGGCUCUACCAUCACCUGGCUAUCCUUGCUCGCCCGAACGCAUUGCAGCAACUCUACUACUACUCGAAAUCCCUGUGUGUAGACAUGCCGUUCCUGUCUACACGGGAGAGCAUCUUGACUCUGUUCGAACCCAUCAUGUCCCGCACUCCGAACCCCCAACAGGCCAGACUCGGACCAACCGAGCUGAACUUUGUGAAGACCCAUAGCAUCCUAUUCACGGGAAAGCAACUGGAGGAGCUGGAGAGUACAAUGGGUACCUUCCUCAAGCUGCUCGACAACCACAUCGGUCGCUCCACUCGCCGAUGGCUUGAAUCGGGAUAUCACAUGGGCAUCUCCAACGUUUGCGCUCUGACCGGAUAUGGAGAUCAAGCCAACCCCAUCACCGCAGCCCUUAUAGCUUUCUCCAGGGAACACCUCAAGCCUACGGAAUCCCAAGACCACCCGAUGCAAGAAGUCACUUCCACAUCUGAAGCUCCGUCGCCCAACGCUACGACUGCCGGCCCGAACAGCACCAACCAGCUUCCCAACGCCAUCCGCCUCUUCACUAGCACUUACGACGUCGUCUGCCGCCGCUUUGGUGACCCCAACAUCCUUCCUUUUCUACACGUUACCCUCGUUUUUGUCCACCACUUGACGUUCUGUCCUGACGCCAUGGCUUAUCUGGCAACUCACUUUCCAUGGAAGCUCACGGCUUCCAUGCUUAAUACGUUGUUGAACGGGUCUUCUUCAUUUGAAAACGUUUCGCCGGGUAACGGUCUGGCUAGGCUCUUGGAGAGUGAUUGGUUUCCAGGGGCUGUGGAGGAAGGCAAAGACGUAAAGGAGGGGGGCGAACGCGCCGGGCCGAGGAGGAGGCCUCUGCCGGAUGACUUUGCCAUGCGGGGCUUUCCCUGGGUAGAGAAGUACCUCCCUGACGGGUGGUUUGUCACUGAAGAGAGGAUUGACGACGAUGAGAAAUACUUUGAAUUGGCCAGCAUGACGGAGGAAAGGAGGGGACGAGUGGUUUGGCUGGGCUGCCGCAUCGCGGAGAGGGAGGGUGGCAAAUGGUUGAGGUUUGACAAGGAAGCGAAGCGAUUUGGAGUGAGCCCUGAGUAUGAGGUGGACCUGGAUCUGGAGAUGCCCGGUCAGAUCCCUAUUACUCCGGGGGAGAUUGUAGAUUUUGAGGAGCUUCCUGAUGCGGGCGUCGCUGCAUGA